UUAUUACUGAAUAUGCUGAUGACAUAUUGGUCUGUAUCAGUUACUUGUUAUUCUGAUGAUAUCUAGAAAAAAAGAAAAAAAAGAAAAAGAAAGAAAAAGAAAGCUGUCAACAAAUGCUUGGCAAUAGAGCUUCUUUCCGGUCAAGCUCAUCAACCUCAGCCUCAACUUCCUCAAUACAUUACUAUUGCCAGCGAAUGUGAUUGCGACAGGAAAUCACAAAUAUUCAAUUAGCCUCAACAGCUCGAAGUAUUAUAUGGUAUGAUAUCCCAAUAGAUACAUAUCUCUACAUACACUGCACACAGGCAGUCCCACACAACCUAGCAAUGCACCUCCCAUCAUCCCUCUCCCUCCUCUCCCUCCUCUCGCUCUCCGCCCUCUCCUCCGCUUCCGCCUCCGACUCCGCCGCACCCCUAUCCGCCGAUAUCUUCUACUGGCCGCUCUCCUCCACCUCCUCCAAGCCCUUACCACUGGCGCAAAUCUCCUACGACCCCUCCACCCUCCAAUCCACAAUCAACUCCUACACCCCUCCUCCCCAACCCCUAAACGACGCCGGCGACAAGAACAUCGACAAACAAGCAGACCUCCUCCGCAUCGGCCUAUACGCCAAUCCCGACGAUAACAAAAGCAAUGACCCAAACAAACAAUGGGUGGGAACCCUCUCGUCCCUCGCCCUCUUCACGAACACCCCGCAAACCCUAACCCUCCACCUCGAUCAAAACAAUCACGUCUACCACGCCGCCAUCUCUUCUUUCGCAUCGCCUCCGGCGCCCAGUCCGGACUCUAAGACAACGAAGAAGAGCAAGUCUUCCUCUUCGCCGGGAACGGGAAAUGGGGAGGAAGCUGGAGCGGGUCCUCUCAGGGUCGAGUUCGUCCGCUCAACCCCCAGCCCCCGCCCGCAUCUCAAUCGCCCCGUCGUAUUGAGUCCGGACGGCACUGCGCCUGAGGAAGUUGUCGAGAAGUCCUUGUUCCAGAAAUACUGGUGGGUUCUCGGGAUUAUUGGUUUCUUGGCACUUACGGGAAGUGCAGAGGGGAGUUAGAGAGAGGACAAUUGCCGAUUGGAUUUUAAUGGAUGGAUGGGAUGAUCCACUGUGACAGUAUUUUCCAUAUAACAUACGGAGUACAUAUAUGAACACUGUGGUUGUACAGUUCGAUCAUGCUUCUAAUAGAUAAAUAUGGAUUUUCUGGUUGCGUAUCUCGGCAAAGAAUCUUGAAAACUCCGCACACCCAUAAUCUGCGUUUACUGUUCUUUCUUCUAAAUAUGCAUAGCGUAAUUUACAGAUUCUCGGAUCUACGCUCUCUCGAGAUAUACAUAUAUCGGCAUGCGAUGUUGCACUGAAAACGAACACGCUUCGUGAAGAAUGUCAUCCUUACCAGGCUCCAACAAUCAACUUCGUGAAAAAAUUGACUUGAUAAACGGCCUAAAUCCUGGAAAACAGCGCAAAUUAAAAUUUAAAAAUUUAAAAAAAGGCGCAAACGCAGCAAUCCUUCGCCUUUUUCCAAGUUUCCGCUCAUCCUCAAGUACCAACGUAUGACGCCCCGUUCCAUUUCAGGGGCAUUAUUGCACAUCCAUCUCAUUAUCGGUAUCAUCAUCUUGCAUCUCCUCAUCCCUUUCGUCACCCAUCUCAUCCUCAUUCUCCGCCUCUCCAUCACCUUCAUACAGAAAGAUCCCCUCCUCAUCCAUAUCCACGUCGGAUCCCGGCCCCUCCCUCUUCCUCCUCUUCGCCCUCUUCCCGUCCUCACCCUCUUCGUCGCUGUCCUCCUCAUUCCCCACAGCACCAUUCGGAAUCUUCAAAACAACCCCUUCCUUCCUCCCCACUGCCCCCGCCCUAAUUUCCCACCUCAUAACCCCGCGAUCUGUCAAUGAAACAAUCUCGUCCUCCGUCUCCCCGAACCGCAACCUGAAACACACGGCCUCGCUCUCCAACACCACGGGCUCUAACAACACCGCACCCGUGACCCCGACAUCAAUCAUGCUCUCAGGGUACACACCAUCCGCAUUCCGCUCAAUAAUCGCCCGCGGAUCCAAAGGCCACACCGUAAUGGUCUUCCAAUUCGCAAUCGCCAGACGCGUCGCACGUGGUGAUGUUGCCACGAUUCCCGGCAACGAGUUCAUGCUUGUGCUAUACCCGGCCAGCCGCGCAACGACGCGCCAGUUGUCAAAGCGCCGGCCACGGUCGAGGUUCUCGAUGUGCAAGCAGUGGGAGGCGCGGCAUUGCGCUUCUGACAUGAGGAUGCAUGCGACGAGUUCGCCGUGUUUGUCUAUCGCGGUGCCGAGGGCUAGGUAUUUCCAGUGGCAGAGCUCACGGGUCGGGUCGUGGGAGCGCGUCUCAUGCGUGCUGAAGAAGGGGAUGGCGAUGGUGAAUUUUAGGUCGUCUUCUUGCACGUCGUCGAUGUUGGUGUCGUAGUAUUUUACCCAGCACGAGUUACGGAGGAAGCCGCUUGUGUUUGUCAUGCUGCCGGCUUCCACCUCGAUGCGUUGGAAGUGGCCGUAUAUGGUUGAGGAAGGGUGGUAGUAGAGUAGCUGGGUGGCGUUGUCGUUGAAGGCCAUUUGAAUUAUGGGUUCGAUACGCCCUACGUUUCGCGGCCGUUGGUAGCGGUUGUCGUAGGGCAUGGUUCCAUCUUCGUCGAUGAUUAUAUUGUCGUUGUAGACUUGGUCUGCGAAAGAUAUGUUAAUGAUUUACCUGUAAAAAAAAAAAAAAAAAAGAGGAUUUAUAAAAGGGGGGUGGGUCGACCCCUCCAAAAUUUCAUCUUUAAGCACUUACAUGCGAGUUCCAUGUCCUCUGCAGUCUCAUCUCCAUGCGUUGCAUGGAGAAUAAUCAUGCGCCUGUCAAGAUCCUGCUUGUGCUGCCAUGAUAUAGCCACCAAGUGCUGAUCAUCUACAGCAAUCGCCAACGGGCGAUACUCAUCUUGACCCGGAAACGCAGAAAUCGUCACGCGCGAAUAUCUCGACCCCGGCUUGCUGCGAUGGUAAUGCACGAGCUGCGUGCUUUCUUCCUGGUACGGCCUCAUCGCCUCCUCUUCAAAGGGGUGUUUAUAUCUUGUCGUCUUCCCAUCCCCAUUGCCCGUUCGAUUUUCGGCAACCCCCUGCGUCCCCUUCUCUCCCUGCUUUGCCCCCGGAAAAGGCGUAAAUCUCUGCAAUACAGAAAUCAUAUUCCCUUCUUCGCCAAAAAUUACCUUAAUCACCUCCACAUUCCCUGGACAUACGAAGAUGGGCUCCAGCACACCCCGAGGUAGCAUUUGACCCCCAGAAACAAAAUACAGGAAAACCUUUGGUACACCCUUCUGCACUAACGCUACAUUCGGAUCUCUGUGGUUGGGCCCUAUGGCAGAUGCUAGGGUGUCAAUUUUGGGAAUGUCCUCACCAAACGUAUAUACGCUUUGGUUGGCGUGGAAAUUGGCCCCGCGGAGCUGCUGGGCUGCUCGUCUCCGGAGCAGGAGGAAGAGCUCUGCUGUGCUUUUAGUAGCGAGGUCAUUGCCGCUAUUGCUACCACUACUGCUGGCGGUAACGUUGAUGGUACUGAGGGUGCUGAGAGGAGAGGGCAGUUGGGACAGUUGGUACAAAAGCCCCUUCCGAUAACUUGAGAGAACUGCAAAGAGCGUGUGGCAGGUGUAAGCUGCCUGGAGACAGUUGGUGACGGAGGAAUAGUCGAAGAUGGAUUGUAAGAGUUCCGGGGGCAAGUUUAGAAGGUGCAUUUUUAGCUUGCCUUGGUGCAAUACAAGGUUGGGGACAAUUCAGGGGGUGGUGCACAAUACAAGGUGAUAGAGGAGCUGAUAAUGUUGCUUUUCCACUUUUACAAAAUGGAACAAACUGAUAAGAGAGAAAAGAGGCAUGAAAAUCCAAGGGAAAUAUUUAAGAAGCUGGAGAUGAAUGAAUAGAAAACAGAGCUAGCGGGUUGAGGAGACGGUAAGUGAUUGUAUUUCUUUUAAGGGCCGCAGUUCACUGGACUACUUGACCCCCUCUUGUCCGCUUACGCGCAUGUAAAUAUAAACCUUGCGGAAAAAGGUCUGGGUGACUGGCAGAUAGAUACAGGAAAUGAACAAGAAAUACUUCACUCGGUCUGGCGGAGAAUAGAAGCCCAGAUAUAUAGACACAAUCAGCAGCAACAUGUGAUGUACUGUUAACAGCCAACCAAAUACGGGCUGGUGCCUGGUCGGAAGGGCCCCGGAAAAACCUUUACGCGCUGGACCCAAUGAACGUGCUUGCCUUGACGAGAUAACUACGGAGUACGCUGUACAGCCUGGCGACAGACAUCAUCUCUCCAAGGUCGAAUAUAUCAAUCCGGCGCCUACGUUCGCAGUCCCCGUAUGCACGCCAUUGGUGUGGAGGGAAAUUGGGGGGGACGAGGAGGUGUUCUGGUGACGCUCUCCUGAAGUGUUCUCUCAAGGAACUCGAGAUCGUGCGAGACGUGGAGACACGGGGCAGAAAGGCAAAAUAAUGCCUUCUGGAAUACCCGGACGAACCAUCCGUUCAAGUCGCACCUUUUUGAAACGUCAACCCAUAUCCAGAUUGAAAAGAAUCUUCCCAUCUAUCUCACCCCUAUGAAGCUAUUUAUCGACUCUAUCCUUCCUUCAUCUACGUCAAGCGACCAACAACGUCUCUUUCUGACCUCUGUUUGGUCAAAACUACUACUACUCGUCAAAUGACCUUUGUUCAGGCGCUCUUCAAGGCAAUUGGGUUUGCUAGAACACAUAGAGUGCUACUGGAACUCGAUGUGAACCCUCGUCAACCUGCCCAAACAAAUGGAAUUCAGUGAUUCCGCACGAUCUCACAACUUUCAUGAAUUGCACAGUUCACCAUCUCAUAUUUCAGGUCCUAUCCUCAACCAGCAGCAAUAACAUAGAGAACAGCGAUUUCGCUUCAUAGGGUAGCUUAUACAGCAGCGCUUUCUUACAAUCUAUUUUUUCUCCCUGGAUUGAGGAUGAUGCCUGAUCGGAUUCUAAAAGUGCUCACAAAUGGACCAGGAUACCCAUUGGAUUAACAGAGGACAUCAUGAAGAAGCAAUGGCUUGAUUGAGCAGUGCUUCUGGAAUGAUAAAUUGAAUGAUGAAUGUUCCCAGUUGUGGAACCAUGAAAAACCACUCGAGACUGCCUCCGAGCCAGAGAACGAGAGCAAACCGGAGCAUAAACUCAUGUUCCCUACAUUUUCAAAACCGUCAUGCCCGGAACCACAGAUGGUUGAUGCCGAAUGCAACCUAGAUGCUUUUCACUUCCCUUUGCGCCAAACCCGCGCCCAGCACCACGCAAGGCCGGUACAGAGCCGGACAUGUUCUCAUCUUGUUGAGCAUGUUCACUAACCCAUUCAUCGCACCAACCAUUGCAACAGCAGAAGAAUAGCGGCAGCAGCGGAAGUAAACAAGGUACCUAAGCGCAACGCGCUACUUCUAAACUGCGAACAUUGGGGCUGGGCUUCACGCUUCUUACCUGUCCCAUUACUGGGUAUCCAAAAAAUGAGGAUGAAUAAACUAAUCAAGCAGUAAUAGGGCAAGUGUCACUGCUGCGCUCGACCCUGAGUCCUUGACAUUAAGGCAAAAGUUAUGGGAAUGUCAAGGCUUCCUGCGCGUGGGAUUAAAAUUUUGUAACAGGAACCAGGGCACCAAAACAAGGCAUUGGCAGUGUGAGCUUCCGCAGGCAAGCUCAACACCACACUACUAUUUAAAUCUCAGUGUAUUCAAAUAAAAACAAUCAAAGAACAACUUUGAAUCAGGGAAUAAGCAAAUAUA